GUCAUUUUAUGGCUCAUAUGACACGUUGUAUUCAUCGACGUGUGUGUACGUGUGUACGUUUUGGAAGGAAUUCUACGAUAUUUGAGUCUCGUGUACCGAAAAACUUGCUGAAAUGAGUUGCGAUUAAUGGGAUUGUUUGGUGUUUGAGGUUUCGUUUGGUUUAAGUGACUAUUUAUUAUCACAGGGAAGCUACUAAGUGCACGCAGAUUUUGUAAAAUAUGGGGGGAUUCUUCAGUAGAAUAUUUUCCGGUCUCUUCGGUUCCAAAGAGUUGAGAAUUCUGAUUCUUGGGCUGGACGGCGCCGGCAAAACUACGAUACUCUACCGCCUUCAUGUUGGGGAAGUUGUCACAACGAUACCGACAAUUGGAUUCAAUGUAGAAACAGUGAAAUACGGCAAUAUCAAAUUUCAAGUCUGGGACCUCGGUGGACAAACAUCUAUCAGACCUUACUGGAGAUGUUACUACUCAAAUACAGACGCCAUCAUAUAUGUUGUCGAUAGUUCCGACAAAGAAAGAAUGGGUAUCUCCAAAUCUGAACUAGUCGCCAUGUUGGAAGAGGAAGAACUGAAGAAUGCCUUGCUGCUCGUCAUGGCCAACAAACAGGACAUGGAGGGCGCCCUCACGCACACGCAGGUAGCCCAUGACCUCGGCCUUUCGGCACUCCGGCAUCGCAAGUACCAAAUUUUCAAAACAUCCGCCCUAAAAGGGGAGGGGCUAGAGGAAGCAAUGCAGUGGCUUGUUAGCGAGCUCAAGACAGCGCAGUAGAAGUGGAUAUUCUCUUGAUUCCCAACCAGUGAAAGUAAUGGAUUCUGUCUGAUUCUGAGACGAGAGUUAUGGACGGCACAAAAACUUUCAAAAGUGGUACGAACACUGAGACUUCCGAUCUGCCAUGUACGCAGAGACUUUGGUCCAUAAAAGUUAGGCAUGUAAAUACAAAUUUUUAAAUUUCUUUUAAAAAUUCUUCAAAAUUGACAUCCAGUUUUUGAAAUAUUUUGAUAAAUGAGAAGCUUACAUUGGUUCUUGGGUCUUGAUGUAGCUAGUUUAAUGGGCCACUGGGCUCCUGCAAAAGGAUUUUUUGUGGAAACAAGAAUAAUUCUAGCAAAAUUAGAGAGUAAGGGACGAUGAAAACCAGAUUUUGUUUUUCUAUACAUAAACAAACACCGAAUGGUCAGUAUUUUGUAAGUGCAUUCUGCUAUUCUUCAAUUGAGCACACACUCUUGUUUUACUAUACUCCCAAGGACAAUGCCUUGUGUUUCCCUUUGUACCUGUCAUGUAAAACUCUCCCAUAGACUAAGCACACCAACCUACUACAGAGGACUGUUUUGAA